ACGGCUAAUUCAUACAUCAACUGCGGAGUGCGGUCCCGAUCAGUACAUAAACUGGAGGCCUGUGCAAAAACAUACACCAACUCCAUUUUUAUUUGAAAUUCAUACAUCAACUAAUACUCUUGUGUCAAAACCUACAUAAACUGCGUUUCCGUUAGUUUGAUUGUAACGACAGCUUAUGUGGAUUUAACGUUGAUUACGUGGAUUAGGGAGUUUAUUACGUGGUAUAUUAGACCGAGAUUAAUAAUAAACGACGUUGUUUUGGGCUGGUAAACACGACGUCGUUUUGUGCUCUCGUCCAAGUCGUGAAACAAACCCUUGCUUCUUCGUCACAAGUCGCGAGAGAAAAAAAAAUUAUCCUUUGAGAAAGAGAAGAAAGGGACAAGAUUGAGAGAGAAGAAUUACAAUUAGGUGUUAAAGGAACGAUUUGAAGAGCUAAAAGGACGUAUAGGAGAGGAGAGAUCAGUUGGAAUGAGUGGGGAUACGACUUUUGUAAUAAACUAUGACGGAAGGUUUGAGAAUUUGGAAGAAGGUCUCACCUAUGUUGAUGGAAAAAUUCAUUAUCUUGAAACCUCAGCUCAGUUUCUAUUUGGUGGAAUAAUCUCUGCAAAUAUCGUUGACAUGUAUGGACAGCGAGUGUGGUACAAGCUUCCUAAUGAGAGCUUAUCAGAUUUGAAGGUGUUGUGUGAUGGUGGUAUCAACUUCCAAAACAUGUGUACUGCUACACAAUGGGUAAGGAAAGUGGAAGUGUAUCUUGAACACGAGGAGGUUCACAAUGAGGCUGAAGAGACUGGAUCUUUGGGUGAAACAGCUGCUGAUACUGGAAAAGGCAGAAAUGAGGCUCGAGAGAACCCGGAAUCAGAUCCGCAUGAUGAGAGUGUGGAAGAAAUAGUUCUCGGGUUUGUUGAUGAGGAAGAGGACAAUGAAGCCCUUAGAGAUACACCUCCUGCCUCAGAUGAUGAAGAAGACAUCGAACCAGGAUAUGAAAGAUGGCGAAGAGGAAGUGGAGAGUUGAAGAUUAUGCAAGUUUUUGAAAGUAUAAAAGAGUUCAAGGAAGCUGUGUUAGAGUAUGCAUUAAUGGGAGGUUGGAAUGUAAAAUACUCAAGAUGGGGAAAUGACAUUUCCGAGGCAAGGUGUGCUGUAGUCGGUGAGGUUCCUUGUACUUGGCGAAUCUACUGUUCUUAUGAUAAAACAGUGCAUCUAUACAUGGUGAAGUCAUACCAAGAAGAGCACUUUUGCACCAAGGACGGGUAUUGCAAGUUAUUGACUGACAGUGUGAUUGGCAAGCUUCUUAUAAAUGAUGUUAGACAUGACAAUACGUUGAUGCCAAGGGCCAUACAAGACCUCAUCCAAGAGAGAUACAACUUGACAGUGACACAUGAUAUUGCUAGAAAGGCACGGAAGAGAGCAUUGGAUAUGAUAAGUGAAGAGUUUGAUGAGCAAUUUGCAAGGAUUAAAGAUUAUAAAGACCAAAUCCUAGAAUCAAACCCGGGGUCUACGGUUGAUCUUGUAACAGCCAUUAGAGAUGAUGGUGUUGAGAUCUUUGACAAGUUCUAUGUGUGUUUUAAAGCUCUGAAGACAAUAUGGCGAGCUCAUUGUCGACCCAUUUUUGGGAUUGAUGGAUGCUUUAUGAAAUCUACAUCAAAAGGACAACUCGUUGCAGCUGUGGGCAGAGACGCAAACAAUCAAAUAUACCCUGUUGCGUGGGGAAUUGUUCAAGUUGAGGAUGCAGACAAUUGGAAGUGGUUCAUUGAAAGGGUUAAGUCUGAUCUAGACCUCAAAAAUGGUGAAGGGUUCACACUUAUCUCUGAUAAACAGAAGGGACUUAUAAAGGCUGUAGAAGAAGAACUUCCUCACAUAGAGCAUCGGACGUGCGCUAGACACGUAUACGGGAACAUUAAGAAGCUACACCCCAACAAGCCUAAAUUUAAAAAUUUGUUUUGGGCAGUGGCAAACAGCUUCAACGAGGGUGAUUACAAAGCAGCACUUAAGGAGCUUAAUAUAGGAAACCACAUUUUUAUAUUUAUAUAGGAAACCACAUUUUUUUUAGCACUAAUAUAGGAAACCACAUUUGUUCAAAAAAAAUAUAAGAAACAACACAUGCAGAUGCGGCUUUUGACAAUGUUUCAAAAAAAAAAGACAAAUCAGACUUCACAAUAUUCGAGUUUGGAUGUAAGUUAAUAGCAAGACCAAUGAGAAGCCAAUUGAAUUGUUUUUAUCUAGGGCUUCUUUUAAACAAUAUCAAAGGUUCAAUCAGCUACGAAGAUAUACGGACU